AUGGAUGAAAUCUGGGAGAGUUUACAAAGCCACAGAGUGCAAAUAGUCCAGCAACUACGUGUUGAUCGCUCGCUUCUUUUCGAUCAUUUGCGAAGUAAAGAGGUAUUUGACAGUGAAGAUUGCGAACUAGUGAACGCCGAGAAGACAAAAGAACGAAAAGCCAGCAAACUGCUAGACAUUCUGAAAACGAAAGAUUCGGACGGUUUGGUGCACUUUCUUGAUGUUUUGCAGCUGUUAAAUCCAGGGCUUUAUGAGGUGCUGACCGGUCAAAAAGCAACAACAAGUGAGUUAAAGAAUUUCACCCGUUUUAAAGGUCCUCGGCCACGAUUAUUUAGCAAUUUUUGUCCUGUUUGCGUUUAUUAGGAGCCCUAAACUAAAAAUGGGGCUAAGUGAAAGUAUUGUAUUGAUCAAAUCCGCCAGUAACGGGCACGUUUAACUUUCUAUAAAGCUCUCUAAGGCGGCUUUUGAGACCGACACUAAGGGACCGUCUCUGAGGGUGAUGUCCGUAUUAUAGAGAGUUUAAUAAAUGGAGUAAAGAAAGGCAGGGACCAACUCUAGGUGUCCGUUUUACAAAGGUGCCCAUCUUAUAGAGGUGCCCGUUGAGAGAGUCGACUGUGUUCAUUUGAUUAUUACUGAUCAUUGUAAAUCUCAGUUUAGUGAAGUUAUUUAAAUGACCGUAAACUUUAUUUUAAAAGUCAGUCCUACAUUCUUCAACUUUAUUCAAUGCCGUCUUGGCUUUUUUCAGGUUUUAUUCACAUUGUGGCUGUCUAAAAUUUUGAGCAUUUGUAUUUCAGUCAAUUUUAUAACCAGUUGUUAACAGGCUGAAAUUGCCUUACAUGAUUCGCUGCGUGACCUUAAACACUUAAGAUAACAAACAUCUCUCCUUUGGGUAAAUUUAAACUCUUUUCAAGUCAAUCAAUGUCAAAACGAAAUUGGUUGAAUCAGUAUAGGACUUUUCAAAAAAAAGCUUAUGUGUUAUUAUAUCGUUUUAUAAAGGCCGCUUUUCCUUGUUCAUUUCUCGAAUGUCUUUAUCAGUCUAACUCUGGUCACAGAACAGCUUAGUCAUGCAUUAUUGUUCCUCUUUCCUCCUUUUUGAGGAUGAAGUAAAAACAAUCAGCGGAAACAUGAUGCAGCAAAUUCAUAAGUAUUUUUUAAAACACUUUUCUAAUCGAGUAUGGAUAUGUUUCCGGAAGCGAACGCGUCGUCAUUACCUUAUAAAACCGGAAAAUUCUAGCCUUGUUAAAUCACGAUGUGAAUUUCUGGUUCCUAGCUAUAAAACUGAGGAAAUGUUUUUCUUUAGUCAGUGUUUUGAAGUGAUAUGAAAAAGUCAAUAAGAUUCAAAAACCUCGAUACCCUACUGGUUUCGGGAAUGGGGAUGCCCAAAACGCGGGGAUGCUCAUAUCACUGUAACAGCACAAUAAAAGUGGGGCGGGGUAGGGAGGGGAAAUAGGGAGAAAAGCGAGAAAGGGAAAAGAUAGAAGGCCUUUUCUUUUUUACCAAUUCCCCCCUCCCAUAUCCCUGCUAUUUCCCACCCUCCCCAUUUCCCUUUCGACGUCUGUCACUCAGGCUUAAUUAUACCAACUUUUACCAGGACGUCAAAAACACGCAUAAAAGUAGAUUUUUGUGAGAAACUGGCCUCGUUGCCAUAUUGACUUUGGUUCUUUUGGUUGGGCAAACUCUUCGUGCUAUGCAUGGGCUUCUCGAGAAUUUACAUACAUUCAUACACUUAUAUACUAACGUGACUGUGCUAAUGUUGGCUAACAUUCAUUUCUCGAAUAUUCCGGAUGUGUUCUUUGGGUUCAGAAUCCUACUUCCCUAUUGACUUAAAAUACUGAUUAAAAGUGUAAGAAUUCCUUAAUCACAGAUCAAGUCAGGUUCUAUAAUUCAAGCGGCUGACACGUAUUGUGAAUUGUUUUAUUGUGCCAUUCAAACAAAUGAGACUUUAAAGUUUGCUUCUCUGUGCCGUUAUAAAAAGAAAUUGCUUCUCUGUGCCGUUAUAAAAACAAAUUUACUUGCGAUCUCACGGCAACACCCCACACACCGCCCACUUACCUGCUCCAUUAGCUUNCACACAAGAACGGUGGUUUUGACGCAAUUUCUGUUACGACACAAAGUUGCCCCCUGCCCAUCUCUUAAGUGGAGCUAGUCUCACAUACCAGAUAGGUGUUUAUACCGAUACCGAAUGAUUUUUCCUGUCGGCACGAAAAGUUAUCGGGUAUCGUGUGAACGAUAUAGCAAGUACCAAGAGGGAAUAAUGCUCUCUUGUAAACACAUGUUGGAAGUCCCUUGGGUUUGGCCAUCUAGCUCCCAAGUGUUCACUUACACUGUAAAUUCACACACAUCGCUUUACCGCUUAAGUGCCACUCAUUUUAGCCGGUCUUAGGGACCCAAAAGCUGAUUCAGCCUCAGUUUCUAUCCAUUUGAGCACAUGCAGCGUUGGCCUGAACAGUCUUAUCGCAGAACUUCAACAGCCUUUUCUGUGACUCAUUUCAGCGCGUGGGUUCACAGCACCUUAUACGAUAAAAACUACAGUAAUCUAUUAUGGCUCUAUUUUAGACACCUUUGAAGGGAGAUUAAGACGAAUUUUUUCGUUCGUUGUGUAAUAAAGUUAGUAUCAUUUAUUAUUAUUAUGUCAAUCUUUUCUUCAAAAUUCGCCUUAUUAUCUCUAAAGGCUAGCUCUGCCUUAUUUUUAAUUACCAAGCGAAGAACAUUAGAGAAAGCUAUUUAAGUGUUGUUGUUGGUUUUUUUUAUAUCAAACAGGAGAGAAUCCCAUCAUUAAUGAAGUCAGUGGCAUGUCCGUGUUGACAGGUAAAAUAAUCUUUUUAUAAGAAGGUUAACUGUACGACAGGUGUCAAUAACAAACGUUUCAGUUCUGACAAAACUUGUUUUUCGGGUGUUUUGUUUCGCAAUUGUGUAUCACUUUGUUGUUGAUACUGAGUUCUUCAAGGACAACUACAACUUCCUGCAUCUUCCCUAAAUACUUUAAACCCCAGAAGUGAUCAGCAACUAACUUCUCCUUAUGAUAUACAAUACAUUUUUCAACAGAAAGAUAAUGAGAAUUGGCAAAUAUAGCAACCAGAACGUGCACUUUUGAUAUAAACCCAAAUUCUCCUCUCUAGUGUAAAAUAAAAUGUACAGCAGCCAGAAACAUUCAGAUUCACUUCAGAUUUUUUUAUUCUUUGCACUAUUUGAAGAGGUUACUACAAAAAUUACAAUACAUCACAGAAGUACGAAAAAAAUAGAACAAUAAAUUACAUAAAUUAGCAAAGGUGAAAUGUGCGUAGUGACCAAAGAAGCUGAGGCUUUCGAGUUGGUCACCGCCACGUGCAACUAACUCGCGUAGACAUUUAGUCAUUUACGUCACGGCGCCUUCAUUAUGCAAAUCAUGAUGAUUUGCAUAAUGGAGAAUGGCGGAUUGCUAAUCAUAUCUUGGGAAUUUUGAAGUUUAAUCAAGCAUCAAUUAACUUAAUGUGUUACCCUGGCAUCCUAGACCUAGACCCUCAACGUGACAUGGACAUUCUCGGUAACCAUUUGAGAAGAGCUGUAGGGGACUUGCAGGAGAUGACUCUAAGAUAUGACCAACUACUGAAAGAAAAUCAACAGCAAAGUAAGGUUCUUUGUAAGGUCACUGCUGAUCGGGAGCUGGACUUCAAACGUUUACAGACCAUGGAGGAUCAGCUAAGAAAGGCAGUCGAACGAGCAGAGGAAGCGCAGAACACUGCGCAGAAAUUUGAAGAAGACGCCAGUGUUCAGAGAAAAGAGUUCGAGAAAGCCAUGGGUGGUUGGUUUCUUGGGCUUGUAGCGGUGCUGAUGAAACUGGUGACAUCAGAAGAAGAAGCGAAACAAUUAAAAAAGAAGUUAGAAGAAGAGGGAAAAAGAAAUGAAGAGCUUAUGCACUACAACGAGAAAGAAAGAAGGCAUUCCCUUAUUCUUGCAGAGGAGAUAGCCCUCCAGCGAAGUAGUUUGGAUCGAACUAAGAAGCUGACGAUAAGCUUGCGCAAAGUUCAGAUGGAGAAGGACCAAGCCGAAGCGGAGUUCAGUGAGCUUAAAGAAUGGUCUGAAGCCCUGAAAGCCUGCUUUGAUAUCGAGAAGAAGAAUAAGAAGGAAUUGCAAAAGAAGUAUGACAAUCUGUUGGCCAAUUGUUCUCAGCUCAGAAAACAAAUCCGAGAGCUGAAAUUCGAGCUGGCAAAUUCUCAACAGCAAGAGUUGAAUGUCAAAGCACAAAACGACGAACUUACUGGAUUUGUCAAUAAAUACAAGGAGCAGUGUGAAUUUCACGGUAAGGAAAUGAUUAAAGCCAUAAACGAGAAAUUUGAAGCUCGAAGUGAAAGGGAGCUGAUAUACCAGCAGUUACGGGAAGCCCUGAAAGAGAAAGACGAAACUAUAAAAAGAUUAGUUAUGGAGACUAAAGAGUAUAACCUUCGUCAAGAAAUGGCCAUCGCAGAAACCCAACGUUUGAAAGAGCGCCUCAUGCGAACAGAGGAGGAAUUAAUAUCAUUAAAGAGGAAAACUUCUGUAAAAUACAAGUCAUCUCUGGUAAGUGAUUCCAACCUUUUACCCUGA